GAGCUCAGUAAUUCCUCCGAUCCGUGGCGGAAGCGGACGAAUUAUUUGAAGCUAAUGAAAACAUGGCGGUGAAGGGGCCUCGUCAGCGGACCAAACGAGUCAGCAGGCAAGAUGCAAAUAACGUCAAUGUCCCCGCAGAAGCUCGAAUAUCAAAAGAGGAAAAGAGCAGCGAUGAGGGCAAACUAUCAGAGACACGCCAAGAGUCGGUAGGUCGAGGAGGACAGGUGUGGGCUCCAGAAGGAUCUACAGCGUUCAAAUGCUUGCUGUCUGCACGCUUCUGCGCUGCCUUGCUCAGCAACAUCUCUGACUGCGAUGAAACCUUCAACUACUGGGAGCCUAUGCACUACCUGUUGUAUGGGACAGGGAUGCAGACAUGGGAAUACUCACCACUCUACGCCAUCCGGUCGUAUGCCUAUCUCUGGCUGCACGCGCUCCCUGCCUGCAUACACGCCCAUGUACUGCAGACCAAUAAGGUGUUGGUGUUCUACUUCGUACGAUGUGUUCUUGCGUUUUGCUGCUGUGUUUGUGAACUUUACUUCUACAAGGCGGUGUGUAAGAAGUUUGGUCUGCAUGUGGGUCGCCUGAUGUUGGCGUUCCUGGUGCUGAGUACCGGAAUGUUCUGUUCCUCCGCAGCGUUCCUUCCCUCCUCCUUCUGCAUGUAUACCACGUUGGUUGCCAUGACGGGCUGGUUCCAAGACUCAAUUCCAUUGGCUGUCAUGGGCGUGGCAGCUGGAGCUAUUGUAGGCUGGCCAUUCUCCGCUCUGAUUGGGAUCCCCAUCGCCUUUGACCUGCUGGUGAUGAGGAGGGAGUGGAGAAACUUCAUCCUCUGGUCGGCCCUAGCGCUGUUGCUAAUCCUGGUUCCCGUGGUGAUGGUGGACUCUUUCUUCUACGGGAAGCUGGUCAUCGCACCUCUGAACAUUCUGCUCUACAAUGUCUUCACACCGCAUGGCCCUGACCUCUACGGGACAGAGCCCUGGUCCUUCUACUUCGUCAACGGUUUCCUGAACUUCAACCUGGUGUUUGCGCUGGCCCUGCUGUCCCUGCCUCUCAGCGCUCUGAUGGAGACCCUGCUGCACCGCUUCAACGUACAGAACCUGGGCCGCCCGUACUGGCUGACCCUGUCCCCCAUGUACCUGUGGAUGUUGGUGUUCUUCACACGGCCUCACAAGGAGGAGCGUUUCCUCUUUCCCAUCUACCCCCUCAUCUGUCUCAGUGCCGCCGUGGCCAUGUCCUCUCUCCAGAAAUGCUACCACUUCCUGUUCCAGCGGUACCGCCUGGAGCACUACACAGUGUCCUCUAACUGGCUGGCCCUCGGCUCCCUACUGGUGUUCACCGUCCUGUCGCUGUCCCGCUCUGUGGCACUCUUCAGAGGAUACCACGCGCCUCUGGACCUGUACCCCGAGUUCCACCGCAUCGCCAGGGACCCCAGCCUGCACAGCGUGCCGGACGGCCGGCCUGUGACGGUGUGCGUGGGGAAGGAGUGGCACCGAUACCCCAGCAGCUUCCUGCUCCCCCACAGCUGGCAGCUCCAAUUCAUCCAAUCAGAGUUUAAAGGACAACUUCCUCAGCCGUACGCGGCCGGUCCAACGGCGACUCAGACUAUUCCGGCCAAUAUGAACGACCAGAACUUGGAAGAACCAACCAGAUAUGUGGAUUUGCGGCAGUGUCAUUACCUGGUGGACCUGGACCGCCAUAAUGAAACGCCCCUAGAACCACGCUACUCUGCCAACAAGGAGGAGUGGACCGUCAUCGCCUUCAAGCCAUUCCUAGACGCUUCCAGGUCGUCUCCUGUGUUCCGAGCGUUUUUCGUGCCGUUGCUCUCCGAACAGCACACCAGCUACAUUAACUACGUCAUUCUGAAACCACGCCGACAGAAAUCAUCACCUCGACGACGGCAUCACGCCGGACGCUAAAGGCUGGACGCACACCUCGCAAAAACACCUGCUCCUCCUGUCUGACGGCUGCUCGUUUUGUUGUCGUUUUUUUCCGACCCCAACUCUCGUCCGAUACCUGUGAUGAAGUUGAGCGUGCCACUGUCUGUCCGUGUCAUGAAGUCGGUUGAGUAUCAAACCUUUAAGAACACGUGUUUCAGUGUGUUUCCUUAUAAGAAUAAGGGCGGAACCUACAUCUGGUUCUCUUAUCGACAGCAUUAAAGGAUCAACAGUGACAGUGAAUAUCCCCCUUCUCCGAGCGGUCCAUCUAGUGAUCUUCAAAUGAGAUGCUUCCCUCCAGAGCUACCCAGGUUGCCUGAAAGCAUUGUUGCAAUCGAAUCGCAUACAUCAUCAUAACGAGAGCAUCCGUCCAUGUUUGGGUAAAGGCAAUGCAUCCUCAUGAUUCAUUUGAAAACCAAAAUAUGCUUCUGGUUGAAGUGAAGAGCAUCAGGUGAUACCUGCCACAAUCUUAACAAGCAUAGAAUUUGCUGACCAAAGAAACGGGCGGUUUUAUUUUGGGUUACAAGGUGCUUUUUGGAAGUCUCUAUGGCACAAGCAGAGCAGGCCAUUCUAGAUAGAUAUGAGAGCAGGGACAUUGACGUCGCUAUAAGGUCCUUUCAUUGGAGACGUUAGCAAUGCGAGAGGUCUAGGGAGCAUCGCCAACUUUGUGCUUUAUGGCUUGUGAUUGUGUCAGUACCACGUGAGAGUGGUCCAUCGACCUCAAGUUGAAGGAUUUUAUGUUCAAUUAAUUGUUUUUCCCUGGGUGCAUGUGUUCGAAUGUCUAAGAUUAAAUUUUUCACUCCCAGUUUCGCCAUUGGCCACACCUUUCAACUUGAUCUUUUUGGGUCUCUUUUCAAGACAAUACUGACAAAGUGGCCGAGACAAACAAUUGUUUUUGUUAUGUGUAAGUUUACCACAUCAGUUCGCUCCAUUGCAUCAGACUGGUAAAUUGUGUGUAAGUGACAGUGAGUGAAUCAUUUAACAUAUAGACAGUAUUGGAAUGAGUGUAGGAUGUGAAUAAAUUGUGUUCUUUUAA